AUGUUAACUCUUCUCCUAUCUCUUGUCCCUCUCUCACGUGGAGCAGCGACCAACUCGACCUCCCCCAAACGGGGCCUCUGCUACAUCGCGACCGACAAUUCCGCCUCGGACUCGAACAUCUUCACCAGACCCAACUCACCCUUGACGUGGUACUACAACUACAGUCCUUGGCCUGGACCCUCAGGGUCGCUGACCCAAUGGGACACGGAAUUCGUGCCCAUGGUGCACUCAGCCGAGGACGCCGCGGCGUCGGUCGACACCAUCAAAUCCAUCCUGAACGGCAGCGCGGGGAUCCCCAUUGCGGGAGCCGGAAGGAACAACGGCGGCGGCGGCGGUGGUGGGAAUAGAAUCUCACACGUCCUGACCUUCAACGAACCGGACGGCGACACCUCAUCAGGCGGGAGUGACUCGUCCCCCGAGCGCGCCGCCAAAGUAUACAUCGACACGGUCCUGCCUCUGCGCGCCGCGCCGUACAACCUCCAGAUCUCGCUGCCAGCGACGACAGGGUCGGGGAGCGGCCUCGACUGGCUCCGGUCAUUCAACACGUCGUGCUUCAAGCUCCGGCCCGCAGGUGGUUGCCCAUUCGACUUCGUCGCCGCGCACUGGUACGGCGACUUUGCGGGCAUGGCCUCGUGGCUGGGCACCCUGCACGACCUGUACCCGGCCAAACCCAUCUGGAUGACCGAGUUCGCCAUCCCCUCGGCGGACGAGACCGCCACAACGUCCUUCUUCAACGAGUCCCUCCCGUACCUGGACGGGCUGGCCUACGUGGCGAGAUACGCCUGGUUCGGCGCGUUCCGCAGCAGCGGCGACGACGCCAACGAGUGGACCGGUGAGGAGGUGAGCCUCUUCGACGGCGACGGCAGGUUGACCCUCCUCGGCGCCGAGUACCUGGGUGGCGAGAAGGACGGCUUCCGCGAGGGCGAGAGUGUAAGUUCUAGUAGCGGUAGCAGUAACAGUGCCGCUGCUGUUACACCCCUUGUGUGGUUUUCCGCCGCCAACUCGCCGUGGGGUAUUCUAUGUCUGUUGUUGACCUGGUCAGUGGCCACGACUUUCAGUGGGCUGCUCUGA